CAGGAAACCUCAUCUGAAAGAGAAAAAAAACAAAAACUGAUAAACAUCUGUGGACUCGCCGUCGUGCUUUGAUGACGUGAUCACGGGGACUUUCCGGAUACGUCACUCGGGGCUUCCGCGUUACGAAGCUAGCGCUACAUCCGCGCUCAUGUCGCUUGACGCCGUUAAAACGUCGCCGCGUCGCACCGCAGUUCACGUUAAACCCACCAUGAACACGCCGGAGGCUCCCAGCGUGGCCGGCGGGGCCGAGUUCUGAGUCGUCGCGGUCCGGAGCGACGGUCCGACCGAGAAGCGGAAUGUCAACAACGCGGCCCCUCCUCGGAAUGCGACGAGUCACCGAGCUAGCGUGCGCGGAGCAGCCGGGCGGCAGGCUCCCCGCGGCGGGCAGGCAGCAGCAGCCGGAGGACGGUGCCACCGUGGACGAGUUCACGGUCCCGGAGGAGAAGGAAGACGAGCUGAAGUGCGCCAGGCCCCGGGUGGAGCAGGUCUUCAAAGUGACGUUCACCAUCAUCGGGCUGCUGGACCACACUGGGCAGCCGCACGGCAGCAAGACCUCCCGGCAGAUAUGGCUGCAGCUCCGGGGGAACCGGGACGACGUGUCCAAGGCGAAGGAAUAUGUGCGAGGACUUUGUGCCCCAGAGCUAAAGAAAGAGGAGCGGUACCCGGUGGACAUGCACUGUAUCUUUGCUGGAGCCCGCGGCCUCUUCCUGGACCGGCUCGUACGGGACACGAGUGCCGAGGUCCAGGUGCUGGAGCCGGGUCGCCUGCGGCUGGUGGGCCAGGCCGAGCCGGUUGUGAUGGCGCAGAGCAGAGUUCAGCAGUUUGUAGCACUAUUCCAGGAGAAGCGAAGUCUACCCGGUGACAGAGAGCCUGCGGUGAAACGAGCGUUCAAAUCCUUCGUUGAGGAACAAGAUGAUAAAUACACGAUGGAGCUUCUUCUGCUGCCCAGUGCCCUGAAGGAAGAGUUACUGGGACUGGCUCACAGCCCAACCAGCACAAACACAUCCUCACUGUCUCCUCAUCUCAGCACGGCGGAGGUCGACCAGGACCGCUCACAGAGCAACACGCCAGUGACAGAGCUCUCCAACCGCAUCUUGGACACCAGCUUUGAAGAGAGAGGGGCCACGGUGGGAUCUGUCGGCGGAGCCGGGAAAGCGGGAGCAGGGAUAGGUUUAGGUGCAGAGACCGUCCUGCUCAACGGCACUCGGCCCUCACACAAGCGGCGCUCGUCUGAGAGCGAGACUCGGGACACAAAGAGACAAUACUCUCUGGAGCGGAGAGACGAGUCGCCAGAGAGAGCGAGAGAGCGACAGAGGGACAGGGAGGGCCAGGGAGCGAGUGGCAGCUGUAGAUCCAAAACGCCCUCAGCCUCAUCGUCUCUCUCCUCCUCUGCUAAAGCAAACACAGUCGGGCCGAUCAUGCUGGAGUCCGCUGAAGGCAUCUCAGACGAGGGGGAGGCAGUCAGCCCAGAAACCAACCUCCGCUGCCUGGUCAAUUUCUUCAGGACCAUGGGUUACCAGCAGGAAGUGGUGGAGCGUAUUGUCAAGGAGACAGGACAGACGGAGGACACCUUCCUCGUCCUGGAGAAGAUCGUUGAGGAGACCAAGCGCUGUGAGGAGGGCUCAAAAGGAGGCGACAAAGAGAGACGGCCCACCUCCAUAGGCUCCUCACACACUGCAGCGUCCUCGUCGGCGUCCUCGUCCUCCACAGUCUCUCGUCUCAGAGACAAGGAGCUCAGCAGAGCGCUGGUCGACCCAGGCAGGUCUAAAGAGAACAUUAAGCCCAACCAGCCCGGGAGCAGCAGCAGCAGCAAUGGACUGGGCCACCGGAGGCAGUGCAGCGGCAGCGAGACGAGCACUCAGCAGGCGAUCACAAUCAAGAGGAGCUCCAGUGCACAAGGAGGAGCAGGAAACUAUGAGGUCAUUACCAUUGUCGACGACGAUGAUGUCAUCUUCUCCGAUACCAAAACAGCAGACGGCAGUGUGUCACGUUUGUUCGCGGCACAACUCGACACCCAAUCGGGAUCCAGGACAGACUACCUGGCUCGGGGAGUGGGCGGCGGGAGUGGCGUCCCUCAGAGGGACUACCUGUCCAGGGGCGGGACUCAGACUUUAGGAGGAUCGGUGAAGGUCGAGAGUGUGACGGCACUGCGCAGCACGCCUCAGUGGCUGGCGGCCACCACCACCACCUCCCUGGCCUCCACUCCCAGUUCGGCUCAGUCCAUCAACCGGCCCUCGGCCUUCCCCUAUCAGACCAUCGGCCACAUGGGCUUUCACGGGGGCUUGGCCAAGAGCCCUCCUGCCAACGACCCCCCCGCGCCUCCAGUCACCGGUCUGGGUCGUUUUCAUCAGUCGCUGAGGACGCCCUACACCCUGAAGCUGCCGAAUGAGCCGGGGCGUCCAGAGCUCAGACACAUUAUCAUCGAUGGCAGCAAUGUGGCUAUGGCUCACGGCCUCCAUCGUUUCUUCUCCUGUCGCGGCAUCGCCCUGGCUGUGGAGACGUUUUGGAGGCGGGGCCACAGAGAGAUCACGGUGUUUGUCCCCCAGUGGCGUCAGAAGAGAGACAGAUUCACAACAGAGCAACAUUUUCUAAACCAGCUGGAGGACCUGAGGCUGCUCUCCUUCACGCCGUCCAGAGAGGUCUGUGGUCAGAGGAUUUGCUCUCACGAUGACAGGUUCCUGCUUCACCUCGCGGAAAAAACAGAUGGGAUCAUUGUCACCAACGACAACCUGAGGGACUUUGUGGACACCUCGGACACCUGGCGGAGGAUCAUUCAAGAGAGGCUGCUUCAGUUCACGUUUGUGGAGGACCUCUUCAUGAUCCCUGACGACCCUCUGGGUAAAAACGGACCUCACCUGGACGUCUUCCUGCGAAAAGAGAACAGGAGAGCGGCAGCCACCCCGCCCCCUCAGAGACCCUCAGACCUGCGGCCGACCAGCCAGCAGCAGCAGCCGGUCUACGUCCAGGCCCUGCACUCCGCUCCUCGCCCCCCCUCCUCCAUACCCCGGCCCCCUGCCUCCCUGAUGGCCCACCCCCCAGCGCACUGGCCCCACUCCGGUCCCCCCGAAUGGCACCCACCACGCCAACCCGCCUCCCCGUCACCCUCGCCUCCGCCCCAGCGGUCCCCGGGGGAGACCUCGGAGCUGAAGAGGAAGCUGUACGACAUCUUCCCCGACCAGAAGCAGCGGAUCGACCGCAUCCUCAGCGACAACCCGUACAUGAGAGACCUGAACGCCCUGUCUGGGCUGCUGCUGGGGUAAAUGACUGUGCAGUGAGAAUCACACACAACGGAUCACUCACCCACAAGGACAUGCGUUCAGGUGUCAGCCGGAAUAUAAUUUAUUUUGCCAUCUUCCAGCCUGGAGGACAGUUCAAGUUUUUUUCCUUUUUAAUAUUAUUAUUUCACAUUAAGAUUGAUCAUCAAACUAGCUGCUACUGGCAAAGAGUGUUUUGGGGGAUUUGUGUUUCCUCUUUCUCUCUCUCCUUCCUCCUUCGCUUUCCACUCGAUCCACAAGAACAACACUGAAGGAUCUAAAGUGUCAGAGCAGCAAAAUCAGGAGGAAAUAUUUUGGACCAAAAGUGGUGACCUGGUCUCGUGGGUCAGCGGCUGCCGCUCGUGAUCCGCUUCUUUCUCCAGAACCUCAUUAAACCAUCAGACUUCCGAUACCACAGUCUCAGAGCUUUAUCUUCAUCAGAUCAUCGACACUCGCAGGUUUUUGCAUGUUUUCAACACAGGACGUCCGCUCACACUGUCGGGCAGCAGCAGGGUAUUGAACUUGACGUGAGGGAACCAUGUUAGAAGUUCAAGGGUUCAUCAUCAAAGAGGGAAAUGUUUAAAAGUAGAGCGCUUAAAACUGAAUCUCCUCCACGACGCCUUCACUGGUUCAGUUCAACGAGGAUGACGGUGGCGCCCUUCAUCAGAGGGAUGAUGAGAUCUUUAGCUUUACCUACAAACAAUAAUUUGUGUAAUUUCGGGACAGAAAUGCCAGAAGCAACUUUGAUUACAAAAGCAGAAUAAUUACAUAUAACCUAACUAAAGAAACGCACCUAGGCUUGUAAUGGGCCAUUAUUUUGAGGCUGUAUAGAUGGGUAGUAACAGCAACCUGUAUUUUUUUAUAUAGAUUAUUAUUAUUAUUAUUAUUUCAGAAAUGGUUCACUUAUUGUACAUAUCCAGUUUAUUGAAUGACUGCCCAUCUGACCGGGCUCAAUCUAAAUGAAGCUUUUAUUAUCUCCUCCCUCCUCAGUCAGUGACACAAAGUUUUUUAAGAGAACGUUUCUUCUUCUCAGUGACGAUUUUGCUUUUUAAAUUGAUCCCUCGCUUAUAGGUGACAUUUUUUCGGCCAGACAUUUGUUAUUUAGAGAAACUUUCUCAAUAUUCAGAUGAAAUGUUCGAUAAAUUUGAGAAUCCGCUCACGAGAGACGUGUUCUCUCGUUAAACCUGAAGUUUGAAGCUGAACUCGGGUGCUGAGUCGGCAGUUGCUGCUCAGAUAAACUGUUUCUGAACAUCGCUUCACCGAGAGUUUGAGUUCAAGUUCAAUUACAGAGUGAGUUGUUCAGGUUUGAGUCGCCAUCCAACAGUGUUUCCAGGAGGAUGCAGUUACUAGUUCUUCAUCAGCGUUUUGUUUACCGAGAUAUUUAGCAAGUUAUUGGUCUUUACACACACUUGUGCUUCUGACCCUGGAUGGAAACAAACAGUUUGGAUUUUAAUCAGUUUUGUUGAUUGAAUGAAACGGCCCCUUUUUAAAAGAGUUUCGGUUUCUCCCCCCAAAAUCCAGCAAACACCACAUUUUUUUAUUUUAACUUGCAAUUUGUAAUUACUGUUAAUAGCUGAAUUCAAACCACUGAAGGUAAAUGACGAUGUUGUGAGUUUAACACUGUGCCAUUGACGAAUCCUCCGAGAGCUUGUGUUGUUUUUCUACCCUCACAUACCCGGAGAACCUGGAGCUGCAGCAGCUGAGUUUUGUAUAAUACAAACACUUUUCUCCUUGUAAAGAAUAAUCUGCACAAAUCUUCACAAGGUGUCAAACGGUUCUGUUCAUACUUUUUUGUUGUUGUUGUUGUGAGGAAUCACUGAAGGACUUUUAUUACUAUAUUUCUUAGGUGUAUAUUCAUUUCUUCUCUUUUUUUGUAAAUACAAGCAUUUUUGGCUACAGUGCACAUAUAGUUUUAUGUAUGUGGAAAACAAAACUCAAUAAAAACACAGCAGUUCCCAUAAACUCCUGUUUGCAUGGUUGGACAGUGUUGACUGUUUCUCCUCCUGUUCUGUCACCUGCAGCGUUUCACCUCUUGUUUUCAUGGAGUCAGUUUUUGUGGGGCGACGUUACUGUGAUGGCCAAAAAUUUUGUAUAAAGUAUUAAAACGAACACUUAAAACA